AUGAAAAAAGUUAUGUGGGUUCGUGAAAUUAUAAAAAAAUUUGCAGCAGAAGUUUGUUGGGCAAGUCAAAAAGUUACUUCAUUUGAUCUUCUGAACGGUAGCAAUUUUUUACAAUUUUCUGUCUUAUUAUUGAGAACGCAUAGCGACAAACAAUUGAAUUUUAUUGAUGAAUUCCCAAUUCAAUAUGAUUGUGAAAACAAGAAUAAAUAA